GUCCAUGUAGUACGAGUGUUAAUAACAGACGAUUCCGUUGGUUUGCUCUGUGGCAGGAGAGACGCUGCUGCUCGCUCAGUGCUCUUGGCGGUGUCAGUAUCGGUUUUGUUUGUUUUGAUCGCGGUUGCUCUCAGUUCUACUACAAAAGCGUCCAUAUCUCAAUGUGCAGGCAAUUAUAUAGUGGUGCUAUACAAUUGCGCAUUCUUUUUUUUUUUUUAAUCGAAAACACUUCUCAUCGGAAAGUUUCAUUCAUAUUCGAUGUCUAGACGCGGACGAAAGUUGUGUACAAAAAUAUUGGGGACAUUAGAACUAUAGCCAUUCCAUUAAUCUAGAGUUAAAAAAAAAGUAAAAUUUUGAUACAAUAAUUUUGUGAAAUUGUCAAAGAAGAAGAAUACAAAAAUUACAAGAGCCAGAAAAGUGAUAACAUUUUCAUAUUUUUUUUUUAUUAAAGUGCACAUUGUUUUAGUACAAAUAGAUAUUUUGAAAAAAGAAAUAAAAUAGUAAAAAAAGUAUUCUCCAAAGGCAUUUCAGCUGUGAUUCUUGUAGUUUAAUUAAAUAUAUGUUCCCGCUUUAUCAUAAUUUGGAAAAAAAUAGUUAACAAGUAACAUGAGCCGCCCUAUUGAUAUUCUUCUCGGUCGUGUACGUGGCCACCAAAGAGCACCAUCGGAUUCAAAAGAAUUUCACGAAUUGACUAAACGCGAUGCUUUGCGGCAGCUGGAAAAUGAUUUGGAUAGGCUUUUGCAAACAGCCGAUUCAGAAAAACGUACCGCCCUUCGUCUGGAAAUGGAACGUUUUGCCGAUUUAUUUGGACGCUUUUUACAAGAAGAGGGACCUUCCAUUGACUGGAAUAAAAUACAAAAAUUACCUGCUAAUGCUGUUAUGGACUAUAGCUCUUUGAAAUCACCAAAAAAUGAUCAGAUUCGUUGUAUGUUGGAUAAAUUAGUGGUAAUCAAGCUCAAUGGCGGUCUUGGUACCUCAAUGGGUUGUCAUGGUCCCAAGAGUGUGAUACCUGUGCGAUCGGAUUUGACUUUCCUAGAUUUAACUGUCCAACAAAUUGAGCAUCUAAAUAAGACCUAUGAUGCCAAUGUGCCACUAGUUCUUAUGAACUCAUUUAAUACCGAUGAGGAUACCGAGAAGAUCAUCCGCAAAUACAAAGGAUUCCGUGUGCAGAUAUACACCUUCAAUCAAAGUUGUUUUCCACGCAUAAGUCGUGAAUCAUUUUUGCCUGUUGCCAAAGACUUUGAUGUUGAAAAGGACAUUGAUGCCUGGUACCCACCCGGCCAUGGUGAUUUUUAUGACACUUUCCGUAAUUCCGGUUUGCUGAAGAAAUUCAUUGAUGAGGGCCGUGAAUAUUGUUUCUUGUCGAACAUUGACAACCUGGGUGCAACUGUCGAUUUAAAUAUUCUUAAUAAAUUGGUGGGCGAAGAACGCGACGAUAAGCCUGUGGAAUUUGUUAUGGAGGUUACCGAUAAGACGAGAGCUGAUGUUAAGGGUGGUACUUUAAUACAAUUCGAAGAUAAGCUGCGUCUUUUGGAAAUUGCCCAAGUCCCUAAAGAGCAUGAGGAUGAAUUUAAAUCUGUUAAGACAUUCAAGUUUUUCAACACGAACAACAUUUGGGCUAGUCUUGGAGCUAUUGAUCGUGUUCUGCGUGAGCGUACUCUAAAUCUGGAAAUUAUCAUCAACAACAAAACCUUGGAGAAUGGUCUUCGAGUAAUACAGCUGGAAACCGCUGUAGGCGCUGCCAUGAAAUGCUUUGAUGGUGCCGUUGGCAUCAAUGUGCCACGCUCUCGUUUCUUGCCAGUGAAAAAGACCUCUGACUUGCUGCUGGUUAUGUCCAAUUUGUAUAAUUUGAAAAACGGCAGUUUGGUUAUGUCACCACAACGUAUGUUCCCAACAACGCCUUUGGUCAAAUUGGGCGAAAACCAUUUUGCCAAAGUGAAGGAGUUCCUAGGGCGUUUCGCCAAUAUACCUGAUAUCAUUGAAUUGGAUCAUUUGACGGUGUCGGGAGAUGUUACAUUUGGACGUGGUGUCUCAUUGAGGGGUACCGUCAUUAUAAUCGCCAAUCAUGGAGAUCGUAUUGAUAUACCAGCGGGGGCCAUAUUGGAGAAUAAGAUUGUGUCUGGCAACAUGCGUAUAUUGGACCAUUAAACAGAUGGACCAUCUGCAGAUGUUUCAAUUUUCCUGGGAAACUAUAUUCGCUCUAACUAACCGCCAACACCUCGUGAAAACCAAAUCAAACUAAAACUUAUCAGUCAGCCAACUCAAUACUGUAGGCAUAAGCUUUAAAUAAUCAAUUGUUAAUAUCCCCCCAUGUAGUUGUUCCGGAGAUUUGAUCUUUUUACUUUACACAAAGUAUGAUAUUGAAAUUUUCGCAGAAUUUUCGUAGCGGCCGAUUGUUUUUUCUUCCUUGCUUGUCUGUCUUAUCUAAUUAGAUUAUAUCUCUGCUAGAAAGUUUAUUUUAUUUUUGUUCUUAUUUAGCAUUUUUAUAUGUGUAUAUAUAUAUGAUUUGGUGUAAUUUAAUCUGCAAUCGAUUUUAUUAAUUAUCCCUCUGUUGUUGUAGGAUGUCGUUUUUUUAUGUAGAUUACCCAUUAGGUUUAUAUUUAUUAUUAUGUUACAUUCAACUGUGUUUGAUGUAGGAAACAAAAAAAAAAAUGCUUAUUACUGCGCAAAUAUUAAGAAUACAAGUAUAAAAAUGAGUAAUGAUAUUGUGACACACAAUUGUUAAUAUAUAUAUAAUCACAAAUUUAUAUUUUGUUGUAAAAUUUUGUGAAAAAUGGCAAUAAAUAAAAUUGGUCUUGUUAUUUAAUAAAACAUUAA